UCCCUCUUCUCUCUCUCCUCUCUUCUCUCUUCUCUCUCUCUCCCUCACCGCGUUCUCUCACGCUCCCCACCCCACCCCCUUUCUCUCUCCUAAAGCGGAAAGAAAUUCUCCUGUCCGGCUCUCAUAAUUUCGCUGUACUUUUCUUCGAACCAUCCUCCCUCCUCUCUCUCUCUCCUACUGUCAUUAAUACACUCCUUUUUCUCUCAAUAAUAUCGACGACGCUGCCAUGGUUUUUGCCCCUUAUCUGCGCUCUCCCCUCCUUCGAACCCCACAACCUCCUUCCCUGCAUCCCGACGACGCUUCCUCGCUGGCGCCCAAAAGCAAACACUACCCCCCCAUAUUCAUCCCGUUCUUCCUUUCCCCUUUCUCUCUCCUCCCUCCGAACCCUAGAUCUGAUCUAUUCUCUCUCCUCCUCCGGUUCGCUUUGAUGAUCCUCCUCCUUAUGAUGUGAUGUGAUGAUCCGUUCUCUGCUUCCUUGUCCUCUCGGUUUUUCUUGAUUUCUUCUGCUUGUUCGUUGCGAUGGGUUGUGCGGGGUCGAAGCUGGAGGAUCAGGAGGCGGUGGCUCUCUGCCGAGAGCGCACACUGCUGCUGGCGGACGCAAUCCGCCACCGCUACGCCCUCGCCGACGCCCAUGCGGCGUACUCCCUCUCUCUCCGCUCCGUCGGGGCCGCCCUACACACAUUCCUCCACGGCGGCCACUCAGUGCCGCUGGGAUCCCCCAUCCUCCCCCUCCCGGCUCACCGCAAGGGUGACCCGCUACCCCCUAUGCCCCCAUCCCCUCCCCCCGCUGCAAUCCCCGCUUCUGCCUCCGCCGGCGCCGGCGGCCACCACUCCCGCUCCCACUCCGGCUCCUCCCAUAUCCAUUUCCAGUCCUCCGACGAGGACUCCGACGAAGACGAGGAAUUCCACCUCCACUCCAACGGAUCGUCUCCGGUCGACCUCCACCCCGAUGGCGCCCCGGGCCCCACCUUCGUCAACGUUAACUACGCCCGCAACCAUCCCACCACCCCCUCCAUCUCCUUCGAACAGCGGCCGCGGAGCCCCGAAGCCGUCCACUUCGGCUCCUCCGAGCCACCACCCUCUGCCUACCCUUACUAUGGCUACACCUAUCCCCCUCAAAAUCCAAGCUUUUACCCUUACCCUUACCCUUAUCCGAGCUAUGGUGGCGUGGGUGGCUUCUUUGGAUCUUCUUCUCCUCCUCCCAACAUUCCGCAGCCCCCCACCGUGGCAAGCAUGGCUUCUCCCUCGUCCUCCAAGACCCCGCCGCCUCCCCCGUCGCCGCCGAGGACCUCCACUUGGGACUUCCUCAACCCCUUCGAGUCCUACGACGAUGGCUACUAUGCUCCCUAUACCCCUAGCCGGAGCUCAAAGGAGGUCAGAGAGGAGGAAGGGAUUCCCGAUCUGGAGGACGAGGAGCACGAGGUCGUCAAGGAAGCCUAUGGUGACCAAAAGUCUAUGGCUUCCACCUCUGCUGCUGCUGCUGCUCCAGGAGACUACUCUGCCAAGGCUGCUGCUGUGGCAGCGAAAGAGGAUAGUAUCAGCGAUGUCGAGGAGGGUCUUCAUCGCACGUCCAAGUCAGGGGAGGGUACUAGUGAUGGCGGUUCAGAACACGAGGUUCAUGUGGUUGAGAAGAACGUAGUGGCUGAUGAGGUUCAGCGACAGGAGGAGCAGCGGAAUGUGGCUGCUGUUCCUCCUCCCCGAAGGUAUCAUGAUGUUUCCGAGGUUGUGCAGGAGAUUAAGACUCAGUUUGAUAGGGCGUCCGAGUCGGCCAAUGAGGUAUCCAAAAUGCUUGAAGUGGGAAAGCUCCCAUACCACCAGAAGAAUUCUGUUUAUAAAGCAGUGUCCGCCGUGAUGGUUUGCGGGCUUCCGCCCUCCACUUCUAAAAAUGAGGGCUUAUUGGAAUAUGAAGAGGAUAAGGCAAUGGCCUGUGGUAAUCUUUCAUCGACGUUGCAGAAGUUGUACAUGUGGGAACAGAAGCUCCUUGAUGAAGUCAAGGCUGAGGAAAAGAUGCGGGUACUCUAUGAUAGAAAAUGCGAACAGCUGAAACGCUUGAGUGAAAGGGGUGAGGAGGCUCACAAGCUUGAGGCAGCUCAAACUUUGAUCAGGAAGUUAUCUACAAAGAUCAAAAUAGCAAUUCAAAUUGUUGAUUCUAUUUCAAAUAAGAUUAGUAAGCUGAGGGACGAUGAAUUAUGGCCACAGAUUAGUGAGCUUAUCCAAGGGUUAAUGAGAAUGUGGAGAUUUAUGUUCGAAUGCCAUCAUAUUCAGUGUCAAGCUGUAUCAGAAGCUCAAAACCUAGAUUCUAUUGUAGCUGGUGGAAAGCUUAGUGAUGCUCAUAUGGAAGCAACCAAGCAGCUAGAGCUGGAGCUGCUGGAAUGGAUUAGCAAUUUCUUUGCCUGGGUUUGUGCUCAGAGGAGUUUUGUCAAAGCCUUGAAUGGUUGGCUUGUAAAAGGUCUUCGUUAUGUGCCUGAAGAAACAGAUGAUGGAGUUCCACCCUUUUCUCCAGGAAGGUUAGGUGCGCCUCCUGUAUUUGUCAUCUGUAAUUACUGGACACAAACUAUGGAUAGGAUAUCCGAGGCGGAAGUAGUCAAUGCUAUGAAAGCUUUCUCCACAAAUGUUCUUCACCUUUGGGAACAGCAUAAGCUCGAACAGCGCCAGAGACUGAUGGCAAAUAGAGAUAUGGAUAGGACAGUCAGGAUCUUGGAAAGAGAUGAACAGCAAAUGCGCAAGGCAUUGGAAGCACAAAACAAGAAAUUAGUCCUAAUAUCCAAUCACAGUGGUAUAGCCUUAUCUGAAGGAGUGCAUCAGGACUUAGCUGCUGAAGUAGGUAGUCUGCAAUCAAGUUUGAGAGAAAUCUUUGAAGCUAUGGAAAAUUUUGCAGCUAGUACCAUGAAAGCAUAUGAGGAACUCAACUUGCGUACUGAGGAAGAGAAACAAAGGUUGGCCAGAGAGAAUGUAAAAGUUUCAUAGUUUCAUGUAAGACUUGCUAUCCAACGUCUGUAUUGUGCGUCCAGUCCAUUUCCAUGGUAGAUACACCCACUCAUGCAAAGGAGGUAUUGGAAAGGAACAUUAAUGGAAACCUACAAAUGUAUUAUGAAAUCCAUCAGCUGGAGGUAAGAUGAGGAGGAAACAUCUUUUGGAUGAUCUCUGCUAUCCAUGUCAAAGGUCUAGUUGGACGGCUAAUUGUGUCAUCAGUGAUAAAAAGCAGUUCAUCGGCACACGAUUCAGAGCUUCUUUGUAACUAUUUUCUUACUUUGUGAAGUUAUUUCUUAGACCUUGUGCCAUUGGAUUUGCUGAUGAGGUAUGGAAUGCACCAAAACAUGAAUCAGUCUCAUGCCAGCAUCAUGGUGGCUGGUCUCUGACAUGAAAAGCAACAAAAGCAUCUGUCUGCAUGGCAAAUUUUAAAAUGCCACUAUCAAGGAAUUUUUUGCAUCAAAAUCGCAAAUGCCAGUCUGCUACAUUGGUAGAGAAGUAGGAAGAAUGAAGCAAAAAGAUGAGAGCAAAAGGCAAUUUUCAGGUUCUGGUGUAGUAGGUAAAAAGGAGGUGAAGGAAAUGUCGAGGAUUCUCUGUGAUGAUAUCAUAUUGUUGGCCUCUUAUUGUCAGCUAUCCUAGAUACCAGAUACAAAUUUAAUAGUCGGGUCUUGCUGCCUGUGAUCAAUCAACCAUUCCUUCUGCCUGCUGCUGCAUUUGGAGAAGUCCAUCUCUGAAUUGAGAAUUUGGAUUUCUUUUUCCUGGUUGAGCUAUAGAGAGCACGUAUUAUCCAUCCAUGAGCAUGUACAGAUUUUUAGGGGUCAGUAUCAGCAUUCGGAAAUGGCUUCUGCCCCGAGGUCGUAUCAAAAGUAAGUUCUUGAACUGCUGCAUUUGGAGAAUCUAAGAAUUUCUUUCUGAACUAGGGCAAGAUUCAUAUCAGCAAUCAUGAGCAUUCACAGAUAUGUGUAGGUCAAUGUCAGCCUUGGAAGAUAUCUGGCAUACAGCAUGUAGACCAAGCUACAAUUCUUGCUGUAUAGGGAAGCUAAUACUUAGGUAUGUUCAAAAUGUGAUCAAGUAACGAACGCGAUGAUGGAGUGCAAUGCAUGUGUUGGCAGACUUGUGGUCUUGCUGAUAAGAGCGGCUGCCUAUUCUUGUUUUUUGAAAGGUGAAAUCUGCAUGGUCAGGAGAGGAGAGGCUAAACCAGUUGAAUGCUCAUUUUUUGCAUAAUGUAUCUGAAAUAUCCAAUAUGUUGAGGGCAAGGGGCAAGGAGACUGAUUUAAGGCUUUGGUUGACAUGUUGAUCCUGGAUGCUCUCAAGCGAAUGGCCUAUUUCCUGCACCCAAUCCUGGUACGACAACUGCAAGAAGAAAAGAAAAUAAGGUUAACAUAUUUGUAAAUUAUUAGCUCUGUGUAACAAUGCAUUCUUUCAGAUUGUUGAAUUGGUGUAAAUCAACCUUGUACAUUCAGUUAUUAAUUACAUAAAUUCUCAGUUCAUGCUA